CACAUUUUGAGGAGUAUUUAUGUUUUGAAAAAUACAAAAAUGUUCCCUUGUUUCAUUUAUGUACCUGUUUUUAGUUUUUAAACAAUUGAAUUAAAACUUUUCAGUAAUAAGUGAAGACUAGCAAUGUUUACAACAGAUGCAACCAUGCUCAUUUACUAUAGCAGCCAUCUUGUUUAUUUUUUUUAUAGUUAACUUAUAGCGCAAGAUUCAGGGGACGCCACUCUAACUUACAGAUGGCCGCUUUUUAUAUAGCAAAUCCUGCUCGCAAACACUGCUGUUUAAAGAUAAUUUUUUGCCUAUAUUGAUAUAUUUGGCCAUUGAUUUAGCAUGGGAUCAAACCUAAAAGCAGAUGUGAUUCUUCCAGCUGCAGGAUUAAGUGAACGUAUGAAGCUGCAUACUGCAAAACAAUUUAUUAAUGUCUUGGGACAUCCUAUUAUUGCCUAUACAAUAGAAUGUUUUCACAGGCUUUUGUGGAUUCGGCACAUCAUAGUUUUAGUGAAUGAUGAUCAAGUUGAAACCAUGAAAGGUCUCAUAAAAAGUUAUGGCUUUGUUAAAGUAUCUGUUCAUACUGGAAGUUACACAAGACAUAGAUCAAUCUUUUCUGGUAUUAAAGCUCUGGAAGCAGCUUGUUUUGAUACCGAUGUUGUUCUGAUACACGAUGCUGCUCGACCAGUUGUUUGUGAAGAGAUUAUACAUAAAGUUGCUAGUGCAGCUAAAACACAUGGGGCAGCAGGAGUAACAAGACCACUUGUCUCAACAGUAGUUAAAGGUGAUACUGAUAGUAAGCUAUAUGAGUCAUUAGAGCGAUCAAGUUACAGAAACAGUGAAAUGCCACAGGGUUUUCAAUAUUCUGUAGUAGCUUCUGCUUAUGAAAAAAGUUCAACGGAAGAUUUGAAUUUUGGCACAGAAUGCUUGCUGCUUGUUAUGAAAUAUACAUCUUGUAGAGCUCUCUUGCUUGAAGGUACAGAUGAAUUAUGGAAGGUGACGUACAAACAAGAUCUUUUUACACUAGAGUCUGUGCUAAAAGAGAAGUUAACUUCAGUGUCUAUCCUUAAUAAAUCUGCAAAAGAUCUUCAAAGAUUUGAAGAUGAAAUCAAACAAAAAUUGAAAAGUUACCAAUUAAAGCUUUCAGAUUGUGAAAAAACUCCAGCAAACACCUAUGUUGUAUAUACUGAUCCAACAAAUAUUAAUUUAGUUGAGAUAACAUCCACAGUAGCAAAAGGCUACAUUAGAUCAUCCUCACCUGUAAAACUUAGAUUGCUUAUGGUGAUGGUGUUUGUAUUUGAUCAACAACCUGAUGCUACGUUUAAACGCUCAGAUCAACAAUCAAGCAAUGAAAGUUUUGAAAAUCAAAAGAAAAGUGAAGAUCAGUUUAAUUGUUUUCCACAGCCAGUUUUAGACUGGCAAUACUGUCUACAAAAAACAGUUAAAGCAAUAAAAAGACAGCUAGACAUGAUAUACAAAAUAAAUCCCAUAAUAGUCGGUGUAAUCUGCAAGGUGAGUAUCUGUAGAUUAAACACUAAUAAAAUACAAAUAAACAAAUCAAGGUUUCAUUUUUUUAGUACUGGAAUAAGCUCUAUCCUUUUUGGCACGGAGUAUAUAGAAUUAGAAUCUUAUUUAUAUUACUAUGUACUAAAAGGACUAUUCGUUUUCAAUAUAUAGUCUUUUCAAAGAUAAUUUUAACAUUUCAAAUUUAUUUUUCAGAAUGACUCUGAUGUAUCAGGUCAGCUUAUUGAGAUAGUAUGGCAGAGAAGUUUAAGCCUUGAUGAACAAAUGCUUAGUUUUUUAAAAUGAAAAACAAUCAAUAAUAGUUUACAUCUUGAUGCUGGUGCAUAAUGUAGAUUUGCAUUGUUAAUUGUUUUUUUUUAACCUUAUACUUUGCUGAAUUUUCAACUCUUUUCUUUUUUUAAAUAUUAAGUAUGUAAUAAAUUUUAUGUAAUAUCUAUUAAUAAACACAUUUUUAAAUAUUAAGUAUGUAAUAAAUUGUAUGUAAUAUCUAUUAAUAAACACAUUCAAUUGAUACAUAG